AUGAAGAGCAUUUUUUUGUUCUCAUAGCUCUUUAUUAUUGUUAACAAACCUAACCAAAACUAAUACAUAGUUUUGAUUGACACAGAUUCAGAGACAGCAAGCAAUAAAAUUAACUGCACUUACCAAUAAUUAAAUGAACUUUACAACCAUGCUGAUUCUAGCUUAGCCUUAUUCCAGGAUCCCUAAAAUGUUGUGCAUUUUGUAGUACAGGAUCGCGCAUUGCAGAUAAAGGAAGAAUACUUAGAAUGUGCCUUAUUUCAGUUACACGAAAGUCAUUUAGGUUCAGUCAUUAUAAUACCUAUAAAUUCUGUCAAAGGGUUCAGUUAAAAGAUCACUGAAAUUUUGGAGAAAAUUAGCGAGAAAUAUGAAAUAUUAAUUUACAUUGCAUAACAUCCAAUGAAUGAUUCGAGUAACCAAAUAAAUGAAAAAAUUACUCUUGUAGGAAGAGAAAAAAUGAUUUCUUCUUCUGAGCUUUCAGUUCGUUUAGGAAUAAAAACUAUUCUUUGA